UUAAACAGAUAGUCAACUUUCUUAAGCUGGGAGUUAUUAGAGAAUCAGGGUCUUCCAUAACAACUAGGGUUUUGAAUUCAGAUUCAGGCUUUGAAGUUUGAAUGGACCAAACCGAGGCUUCUAUUCACGUGUUGCCAACCACAUCCCACUAUUCGCGUGUUGCCAAACACCACCCUUACCCUUUUCCCACUUCUCGCGCGUCGUUUCCUUUGACAGGACAUUUCCUUUUCCUUGCUGAUGAAACUUCUCAGAAGCAUUCUGCCUUCCCACACGCACACAUCCAAACAGAACCAAAAAUAAAAAAAUAAAAAGACAUUUCUCAGACGUCCAGCCAAAAAUUUGAAAAUUGUGAGAGGUAAUUUUCAGGGCAACUCCAACUUAACAGUUUUACUGCAAAAGGAAAAAGAGGUAGAAAACAGUACCUAUAAAGACUUGAAAACGGUGUCGGAGAAACAGUAAAUGCUUCAAUUUCCGUCACGGCGUCACCCCAGUGUCCGCAAAACACCGGCUAUUACAGGUAAAUCUACCCUAUACUGACCGGAAUGAGAGGACAUGGGCUUAGGGCAAGAGAGGAGAGAGAGACAGAGAGAUAAGUUCAGAAAUGGAAAGCCUUUGAAGUAAUAAGGCAGGAACCCUUUUGUGCAGGCCGGGAAUUGCUCACGGCCACACUCUUCUUCCCCCUCUUAUCUUUUCUAACCCCCCCUCCCCCCCGCCCCCACCCCACGCCCCCAGAAAAAAAGAAAAAUUUAAACAAGAAUAGCUGCUUUUACACCUAAAAUUUUCACAUAAACAAAGCUUCUCUCUCUGUUAACUGUACUGGUACUGGAUCUGUGCAGUGACCGGCCAUGUACAGAGAGAGAGACAGAGGGAGAGAGAGAGAGUGAGAGUGAGCCGAUCGAGAAUUUUCAGAGAGGCAAACAAAGAACGGAGAGAUGGAAUUUGAUGACCCAGAUGAGCAAGAAGAGGAGAUGGAGAUUCCGGUGCCGGCGAGCUACGAGUCUGUGGGCAUCUCAGGGAGAUCGAAAAUGGGUAGCACCGCCGUCGUGGGAGAGUUGGCGUCAGCGACCCGAAAAGGGGUGAAAUACAGGGAGUGCCAGAAGAACCACGCAGUGGGCAUCGGAGGCCACGCCGUGGACGGCUGCUGCGAGUUCAUGGCGGCGGGGGAGGAGGGCAGUCUUGAUGCCCUGAAGUGCGCUGCCUGCAACUGCCACCGCAAUUUCCACCGCAAGGAGACAGAGGGUGGAGUAGCGGAGGGCCUGUACCACCAGUUCUCGCCGCCGUACUACCGGACGCCGCCAGCGGGGUACCUGCACGUGGCGCCGGCGAACCACCGCCCUCUGGCGCUGCCGUCGACCUCCGGAGGCGGUGGCGGUCUCAGUAGGGAGGAGCAGGAGGACAUGUCGAACCCGAGCAGCAGUGGCGGCGGCGGAGGCGGAGGUGGAGCGUUGAAGAAGAGGUUCAGGACGAAGUUCACGCAGGAGCAGAAGGAGAGGAUGCUGGGGUUUGCGGAGAAGCUGGGGUGGAGGAUCCAGAAGCACGACGAGGACGCGGUACAACAGUUUUGUUCGGAGAUAGGGGUGAGGCGGCACGUGCUCAAGGUUUGGAUGCACAACAACAAACACACCCUCGGUAAGAAACCCUAAUUUAUUUAUUUAUUUUUUUCUUUUUGACCACAUCGUAUCAGAGAUAUCGUCGUCUAUGCAUCACGACCUUGAAGAAGAAGUGAUCACAUGGUGUGAGAACGGAAAUCGGGAAGCAUUAUUGCACUGGUUGUGUAAAUUCCCUUUGAAAUUUGCCUAGUUAGGGUUCUUAAUUGCUGCUGCUACUGCUGCUUCUUCUUCUUCUUCUUCUUCUUCUUCUUCUUCUUUCGUAGCUCCAGUUAAUUUUUGUUGUUGUAAUUUUAUUUUGUAGAAGUUAUUGUUUGGGUUGUACUUUGUAGGGUAGCAAGUUAUGUGGGUGUUGGUGAUGAGUGUAGGAUGGGUCAGCUGUUUAUUGUAUGAAUGAAUUCAUUGUUGCUGAUUCAUGGGCCAUUUUUUGCUCAAAUUCUAGUUUCCUUUUAUCUUGAGUUUA